AUGACAGCUGUCGAAACCCAAAUGACCACCUAUACCACCUAUACGAUCCACCAAGAAAACGCGUACAUGACCCAGGAGGAUGACUGGGACAGGGACCUGCUGCUGGACCCCGCCUGGGAGAAGCAGCAGAGGAAGACCUUCACAGCUUGGUGCAACUCCCACUUGAGGAAGGCCGGGACACAGAUCGAGAACAUUGAGGAGGAUUUCAGAAAUGGCCUCAAACUUAUGCUGCUGCUGGAGGUCAUAUCAGGCGAGAGGCUGCCCAAACCUGACAAGGGCAAGAUGCGUUUCCACAAGAUCGCCAACGUGAACAAAGCUCUGGACUAUAUCUGCAGCAAGGGCGUCAAGCUGGUGUCCAUCGGUGCUGAGGAAAUUGUGGACGGUAACGCGAAGAUGACCCUGGGAAUGAUCUGGACCAUCAUCCUGCGCUUUGCCAUCCAGGACAUCUCUGUGGAAGAGACUUCUGCCAAGGAGGGUCUGCUGCUCUGGUGCCAGAGGAAGACUGCCCCCUACAGGAAUGUCAAUGUGCAGAACUUCCACAUCAGCUGGAAGGAUGGCCUGGCUCUGUGUGCCCUCAUCCACAGACAUAGACCUGACCUUAUCGACUACUCCAAACUGAGAAAGGACGACCCUAUUGGAAACCUGAACACUGCUUUUGAAGUGGCUGAGAAGUUCCUGGACAUCCCCAAGAUGCUUGACGCUGAAGAUAUUGUGAACACACCCAAACCUGAUGAGAAGGCCAUCAUGACCUACGUGUCCUGCUUCUACCACGCCUUUGCUGGAGCCGAGCAGGCCGAGACGGCUGCCAACCGUAUCUGCAAGGUCCUGGCUGUCAACCAGGAGAACGAGAGGCUGAUGGAGGAGUAUGAGAAGCUGGCUAGUGAGCUGCUGGAGUGGAUCCGCCGCACCAUCCCCUGGCUGGAGAACCGCGUGGCAGAGCAGACCAUGCGCGCCAUGCAGCAGAAGCUGGAGGACUUCCGCGACUACCGCCGCGUCCACAAGCCUCCCCGUGUGCAGGAGAAGUGCCAGCUGGAGAUCAACUUCAACACCCUGCAGACCAAGCUGAGACUGAGCAACAGGCCCGCCUUCAUGCCCUCUGAGGGCAAGAUGGUGUCGGACAUUGCCAACGCAUGGAAGGGUCUGGAGCAGGUGGAGAAGGGCUAUGAGGAGUGGCUGCUGACGGAGAUCCGUCGUCUGGAGAGACUGGACCACCUGGCCGAGAAGUUCAAGCAGAAGUGCGCCAUGCACGAGGCCUGGACUUCAGGUAAGGAGGACCUGCUGUCCCAGAAGGACUACGAGUCGGCCUCUCUGAUGGAGAUCAGAGCUCUCAUGAGGAAGCACGAGGCCUUCGAGAGCGACCUGGCUGCUCACCAGGACAGAGUGGAGCAGAUUGCUGCCAUCGCCCAGGAGCUGAAUGAGCUGGAUUACCACGAUGCUGCCACAGUGAACUCCCGCUGCCAGGGGAUCUGUGACCAGUGGGACAACCUGGGGACCCUGACCCAGAAGAGGAGGGACGCACUGGAGCGUGUGGAGAAACUGUGGGAGACCAUUGAUCAGCUGUAUCUGGAGUUUGCCAAGAGGGCGGCGCCCUUCAACAACUGGAUGGACGGAGCCAUGGAGGACCUGCAGGACAUGUUCAUCGUUCACAGCAUUGAGGAGAUCCAGAGUCUGAUCACCGCUCACGACCAGUUCAAGGCCACUCUGCCUGAGGCCGACAAGGAGCGCAUGGCCACCCUGGGCAUCCACAACGAAAUCCUGAAGAUCGCUCAGACCUACGGCAUCAAACUGUCUGGAAUCAACCCCUACACCAACCUCAGCUCACAGGACAUCAGCACUAAGUGGGACACUGUGAAGCACCUGGUGCCCCUCAGAGACCAAAUGCUCCAGGAGGAGGUGGCCAGACAGCAGGCCAACGAGAGACUGAGGCGCCAGUUCGCCGCCCAGGCCAACAUCAUCGGACCCUGGAUUCAAACCAAGAUGGAGGAGAUCAGCCACGUGUCUGUGGACAUCGCCGGCUCCCUGGAGGAACAGAUGAACAGCCUGAAGCAGUACGAGCAGAACAUCAUCAACUACAAAUCCAACAUCGACAAGCUGGAGGGAGACCACCAGCUCAGCCAGGAGUCCCUCAUCUUCGACAACAAGCACACCAACUACUCCAUGGAGCACAUCCGCGUGGGCUGGGAGCAGCUGCUCACCACCAUCGCCAGAACCAUCAACGAGGUGGAGAACCAGAUCCUGACCCGCGACGCCAAGGGCAUCAGCCAGGAACAGCUCAACGAGUUCAGAGCCUCCUUCAACCACUUCGACAGGAAGAGAAACGGCAUGAUGGACCCAGACGACUUCCGCGCCUGCCUCAUCUCCAUGGGUUACGAUCUGGGUGAGGUGGAGUUUGCUCGCAUUAUGACUCUGGUGGACCCCAACAACGCAGGCGUGGUGACCUUCCAGGCCUUCAUCGACUUCAUGACCCGCGAGACCGCUGAGACAGACACUGCAGAACAGGUCAUGGCCUCCUUCAAGAUUCUGGCCUCAGACAAGAGCUACAUCACAGUGGAGGAGCUGCGCAGGGAGCUGCCGCCCGAGCAGGCCGAGUACUGCAUCAGCCGCAUGACCAGGUACUCCGGCUCUGGCGUUCCAGGCGACGCCCUGGACUACAUCUCCUUCUCCAGCGCUCUGUACGGCGAGAGCGACUUGUAAUCAACUGCUCCGCUUCUCCUCUUCACCUCCUCUCUUCCCUCCUCCCCAGCUUCAGCCCUAUUUCUCCUGUCAUGGAGAGAGCGAUGUUAAACCCUUCCACUGUCCUCAUAUAUGCUUUGUUCUCGUCUUCUCCUCUUCCUUUUCUUUCCUUCAUCCGUCCUUUCCCUCCCUCGCUGUCCCUGUAAUCACUGCCUUGAGAGGGCGAGAGUAAAAGACUCUGCUCUAAUCUGGACCGUCCCUCUUUUCAUGAACCGUAAAACCAAAUCAAACAAACGCAGUAGUGCUCCAGGUAUUGCACUGAACUUAUGUGAAGAGCAUACAUAGAAUAUACCUGCCUUCAGGAGAUGGUGUUCAACAGAAGGUGGUGACGAGGGAGAAAGAAAUUCAAGCCGAGCACAGCCUCCUGCUCUCCGCCCUCUCUCCCUAACCAUCUCUGUCAGAUGAUGACACGUACUUUUUGUAGAAGGGUAAUUAAAGAAGAAAACGUGAUAAAAAGCUGGUUGGUCAGUUGGCUUGGUUGGUUGUGUAUUUGUGCAGAUGCAUGCGAUAAUGUUGAAGUUUAGAAACGCCGUCUAUGUUGAGUCGCAGACUCGUACCCAAAAAUCUCACAUCUAGAAAUAAAGUUUUUCAAAAACUCAUCAGCAGAGGAGAGCAGAAAGUCGGAAAAAAGUGUAGGAAAAAAACGCCGUCAAACGCUGGAGAUUAGAAUAAAAAAAACUGCAGAAAGACCAGGAAUAAACAGGACGAAGGAGAGAAUCUCAGCCUUGAAGCACUGAGUCAUAAAAAGCCGAAGGCACAGAGGAACUCAAAGCAAAGCACUGUGGGUAAAGGCAGCCUUUCUGAGAGUUAUAGCUGCACAAAGACAGACAGACAGAACAGACAGUCAGUAAAAGAGAGAGACCACACAGACGUAGGUGUGGAGCAGACAGGGACGACAGGGCUUCAGGAAAGUGGUGGACAAAAAAA